AUGCCAGUCGUUUGGAUGGACCGCUUACCGACAAUAAAGCACCACGCCGAAGCUGUCACCUUUGAAGCCACUUGCAAGCUUCUUGGCAAAAUCAAUCGCAAGAUUGGGUCAUUGCACACUCCUGGCAAUCGCGCCAUGGCCGGAAGCGAGGAGGUGGCGAGGCGUGACCUCGUCCUGAAUGUUUUCGUGUGGACUGCUAAUGUGGGGUUCUACCAGGUGGCCAAGUUACUCAUGAGCCCGUUCGUGGCGGCUGUGGAGGUGUUGUGGCUGAAGAAGCGCUUUCCCGUAUCCGCCCUCGCUUGUAUUGUGGUGGUGCUGACGGGCGUAGCCGUUGUAACGGUUAACGACGUAACGGUCAAUGGUCCGGGCCUCGCCAUGGCGGCGCUGUUUAUCGUGACGGGAGGCAGUCAGCAAAUCCUGUGUGGUCAUUUGCAGACCGCAUUGCAGCUCCAAAGUCAUCAACUGAUGUCGAAUACGAGCUUCCUCCAGGGUAUGAUCCUCAUGAUCGUGGGCCCCUUCGUGGACAAGCUGGCAUGUAGCAAAUGGAUCCUGGAGUGGGAGGCCAGCGUGCCGGGCCUGGAAAUGUUGGCGUUAUCUUGUCUGUUGGCGGUUGCAGUUAACGGUUCCCAAUUUUUGGUGCUGGGUCGUUUCACAGCUACCAGCUUCCAAGUUUUGGGUCACGCCAAGACGUUGCUGGUUCUGUUAGGCGGUUGGUUGUUGUUUGACGAGCCAAUCAACCCUAGGAAAGCCUUCGGUAAGGUGGUUGGCGGGGUUGGAAGGGGAGUUAGUAGGGGUGAAGACGAGGACAGGGAGCAGAGGGGUGCCACAUUUUUAUGGGUUGGUCAAGGCAAGCUGCCGUGUUCUGUGUUUUGCCGGUGUUGUUAUCGUGCCAACGUGACAAGGGUGCUUUCCAAGGUCGUUGUGUGA